CGGCUGGAGGUGUGGCACGAGGGCCGUUGGGGGACGGUGUGUGACGACGGCUGGGACCUGCGGGACGCCGCCGUGGCCUGCAGGGAGCUGGGCUGCGGGGGGGCCCUGGCGGCCCCCGGAGGCGCCCGCUUCGGGCAGGGCUCCGGCCCCGUGUGGAUGGACGACGUGGGCUGCGGGGGCGGCGAGCAGGCCCUCCAGGACUGUCCCCGGAGCCCCUGGGGACGCAGCAACUGUGACCACACCGAGGACGCCGGCCUGGUCUGCGAGGGCCCGGCCCCCCGCCUGCGCCUGGCGGGGGGCCCCAACGGCUGUGCCGGGCGGCUGGAGGUGUGGCACGAGGGCCGUUGGGGGACGGUGUGUGACGACGGCUGGGACCUGCGGGACGCCGCCGUGGCCUGCAGGGAGCUGGGCUGCGGGGGGGCCCUGGCGGCCCCCGGAGGGGCCUUCUUCGGGGAGGGGGCCGGGCCCAUCCUCCUGGACGACCUGCGGUGCAAAGGGAACGAGACGUCCCUCGGCCUCUGCCCGGCCCGGCCCUGGGGCCAACACGACUGUCACCACCGAGAGGACGCCGGCGCCGUGUGCGACGGUGAGACCCUCCUCGGGAGCCUGGCUGGGAGCCAAAGAGCUCCUCCUUGUGCCUGGGGGCCACGGGCAGCCCCCGGAGCCCUCACACGCGGGGAGGGGACGGGGCGUCACUGGACCUGCCUCUUAGCGGCAGAAUGGACUACGGACAGGGCAGGGCUGCAAGCCGGUCUCCGGGCCAGGGGAGGAGCUCUCCUGUCACCAGCCACACAGCCUCUAAGGCCCCCAGAUCUUUUUCUAGGUGAAUGGCAGCAUGGCCAUGCCUUUGAACCAAGGGUAAAACUGCCGGCCUCCCUUUACAUGUCCCCUUCUUCAGGGGGUGGGGGGAGACACAGAGACAGAGACAGAGAGAGGGAAAGGCGAUGGAGACCUUCAGGAGGCCUCAGCCCGGCGCAGCUCUCUGGGCGCUCCACUGGCCGCCUUCUGCCAAGUGGACGUCCCGCCACUAACGGCCACUCCUUGACUGUGUCCAUGGGUGUGCCUCUGGGCCUGCCUCCAGACACUGAGGCCCCCACAAAGGGGCUCCCUUCAGCCUCUGCCACGAGCGCGCCAGAGGCGAGCCUGGAGGAGGGGGCCCCCCGCCUUCGUCUGGUGUCCGGGCCGGGACCGUGUGCCGGGAGGCUGGAGGUGCGGCGCGGUGCCCGCUGGGGGACGGUGUGUGACGAUGGCUGGGACGCGCGAGAUGCCGCCGUGGCCUGCCGAGAGCUGGGCUGCGGCGCCCCCCGGGAGCCGGGCCCCACCGCCGGCCGCUUUGGCUGGGGCGAGGGCCCCAUCUGGCUGGAUGACGUGGCCUGCACUGGGGCCGAGGUCCGGCUGGCCGACUGCCCCGCGGCUCCCUGGGGGAGACACAACUGCGCCCACAAUGAGGACGUGGGGGUCACCUGCACAGGCGGCACCGGGCCCAACUCAGGCCCAGACCCCUUCAGCUGGAGCUGGACCCCAGAGCCACGUGGGGAUGCAGCGGGCUGGCCCGCCGGGAAUCCUGGGGAGACGGCCACCCAGAGGGCGGCCAGCACCCCCGGAACAACAGCGGCCAGGCCGCCGGGGAAGCCUCCUCCUCACUCCAAAAAGUGGCCUUCGAAGAGACCACGGAAGCCCACCACGCGGCCACCUGGCCAGACAACCACCAAGGCCCUGAGGAGGCAGACAACUCGGGCCCCCCAAAGCCAGACCUCCCCCAAACCGACCACGCGGGCCCCCCAAAGCCAGACCUCCCCCAAACCAACCAUGCGGGCCCCCCAAAGCCAGACCUCCCGGGCCUCCCCCAAACUGACCACACAGGCUCCCCCCCGUCAGACCUCCCGGGACACAGCACUGCUGACCAGUCCCUCCUCGGCGCCCUCUUCGGCUCACCCCGAGCUGGCCGCUGAGCCGGCACAAAGACGCCCUUCCCGGGUCACCCCGAGCCCGCAGGCCUCUCGAGGAACCACCCAAACGGACGGGGACCCGCGUCUCCCCGACGCUUCUUCCACCCGCGGGGCCGCCACAACGCCCGCCGGCACGGCCGCAGACUCGUCGUCCCCCCGGAUGUGGCCGGGCUCGGGUGAGCCAGGCGUCUUCCGGCUGCGCCUGUCAGACGGGCCGGAUCGGUGUGCCGGGCGGCUGGAGGUGCGGCGCGGCGGCGUGUGGGGGACGGUGUGCGACGACGGCUGGGAUCCCCGGGACGCCGCCGUGGCCUGCAGGGAGCUGGGCUGCGGCGGGCUCCGGCCCCGGGUGGGCAAAACCUACUACGGCUCCGGGACGGGCCCCAUCUGGUUAGACGACGUGGGCUGCGCCGGCAUCGAGGCCUCCCUGGCGGCCUGCCCGGCCUCCCCCUGGGGCGUCCACAACUGCGACCACCAGGAGGACGUGGGGCUCACCUGUACAGGAGACACGGAGGAGAGCGGGGAGCUCCCCUGGGCCUGGGACACCAGUUCUCGGGGGGACGCGGCCCCCAGGGGCCCCGAGGAUCCAGAUUUCCGCAGUGCGUCGUGGCCCGUCGAGCCUACAGAGGCCCCCUCGGAGACCCCCGGGCCAGAUCUCCAGCUGGCCACUGAUGGCAGCCCAAGGCUGGCCUCUGCCCCCGGCCCAGGAAUGAACAUUGUCCCCAGCCCAGGACUGACCUCUGCCCCCGGCCCAGGACUGACCUCUGCCCCCGGCCCAGGACUGACCUCUGCCCCCGGCCCAAGACUGGCCUCUGCCCCUGGCCCAGGAAUGAACAUUGUCCCCAGCCCAGGACUGACCUCUGCCCCUGGCCCAAGACUGGCCUUUGCCCCCGGCCCAGGAAUGAACAUUGUCCCCAGCCCAGGACUGACCUCUGUCCCCAGCCCAGGACUGACCUCUGCCCCCGGCCCAGGACUGGCCUCUGCCCCCGGCCCAGGACUGACCUCUGCCCCCAGCCCAGGAAUGACCACUACCCCUGGCCCAAGACUGGCCUCUGCCCCCGGCCCAGGGAUGACCCCUUCCCCCGGCCCAGGGAUGACCCCUACCCCUGGCCCAAGACUGGCCUCUGCCCCUGGCCCAGGGAUGACCCCUUCCCCUGGCCCAGGGAUGACCACUGCAUCUAGCAUACAGCUGACCUCUGGUAUCAAACUAUCUCUGACCACUGACCCCAGUCCGCAGCUGACCCCUGGCUCAGACAAAAAGCCAACUUCUCUUCUCAGCCCACAACUGACCACUGACCCUAGCCAACUACUGACCCGCGACUCUAACCCAUGGCUGACCUCCGAUCUUAGCCAAAAACCAACUUCAGCGGUUGCCUUGGAGCUGACCUCUGACCCCAGCCCAUGGCUGACCCCAGAUUCUACCCCUCAGCUGACCCCCAACCCCAAAGGAGAGCUCACCCCCUCCUCCGCCCCACGGCCAGCGCCUGACGGUGCCCUGCGGUUGACCACCGACACCACCCAACCACUGACCACCGAGUCCUUUUCACAGUUGACCCCUAACGCGGCCCUAGGCCUGACCUCUGACCCUAGCCCACCGUUAACUCGUCCCGCCCUCCUCCGACUCACCCCUGAACCCGAACCUGCCUCCGGGCCUGCCCCGGCUGAGCCGCCGGUGCCGGAGGCUUCUCCACGCCCCCCGCAGACCGCGGCCCCCCCUGCGGCCCCCGCCUGGCCCCUCACUUCAGAAUUGGUCCCAGAGCUCCGUCCAACCUCCCAGAGUGCCAGAGUGCCCUCUGCGGGCCCAGCGAUGCCCUCGCAGCACACA